AUGUCGGAGAAAGAGCGAAAACCCGGACUCUUGGACAGUGACAAGGACUUCCCCAACUUCGUGGGCCGCAUGAUUCAUGGUGCCAUGCUGAGGGACUACUCUGAGGAGCAGCUGUGGCAGGUCCUUGGGAAACCUUCUUCACGGAGGCGUUUGGCAAUCCUCCAACAAUGCCGUGGCAAACAAGGCCGGCUUGACGCAACUUGCUUUUGCAAGGAAGCUUGUGGCGAUGAAUACGUUGCCCUGGCAAACUGCGUCCGUAACGGCAGUGCUGAAAGUUGCCAAGACUAUGUUUCUUCCUUGACUGGCUGUGUGCGAGAUGAAUGGAAGGCGCGGGGUCAUAUUCAGCGUUCAGUGCAUAAACCAGUGGUCCUGUGUGAGUCUCUACCGUACUAG